AUGGGGGAGGAGAAGACGAAAUCGAGUGGAGUUUGGCCCACUGUGAAGCCGUUCGUUAAUGGCGGUGCCUCUGGUAUGCUGGCGACCUGUGUUAUUCAACCAAUCGAUAUGAUUAAGGUCAGAAUACAACUGGGCCAGGGAUCAGCUGCUGAUGUGACACGAAACAUGCUUAAAAAUGAGGGGUUAGGGGCAUUUUACAAGGGUCUAUCUGCUGGCCUUCUUAGACAAGCGACAUAUACAACUGCUCGGCUUGGAUCAUUUAAGAUGCUGACGAACAAAGCAAUAGAGGCCAAUGAUGGGAAACCCUUACCUCUGUACCAGAAGGCUCUAUGCGGAUUGACGGCUGGAGCAAUUGGAGCAUGUGUGGGCAGUCCUGCUGAUUUGGCGCUCAUCCGCAUGCAGGCCGAUGCCACUUUGCCUGCUGCCCAAAGACGCAACUACACAAAUGCAUUUCAUGCACUCUCUCGUAUCGUUGCUGAUGAAGGCGUUUUGGCUCUCUGGAAAGGUGCUGGCCCAACUGUUGUGAGGGCUAUGGCCCUUAAUAUGGGUAUGCUUGCUUCUUAUGACCAAAGUGUGGAGUUCUUCAAGGACUCUCUUGGUUUUGGAGAGGCUACUACAGUGCUAGGGGCCAGUACCGUGUCGGGAUUUUUCGCUGCAGCCUGUAGUUUGCCGUUUGAUUACGUGAAGACCCAAAUACAGAAAAUGCAGCCAGAUGCUGCUGGGAAAUAUCCUUACACUGGUUCACUGGAUUGCGCCAUGAAAACCCUCAAGGCUGGUGGACCCUUCAAAUUCUACACUGGAUUUCCAGUGUAUUGUGUUAGGAUUGCCCCUCAUGUCAUGAUGACUUGGAUCUUCCUCAACCAAAUCCAAAAAUUUGAGAAAUCUAUUGGCUUGUAA